AUGCUACAAGCAGGCCGCCAAUUUCCUGAAGGAAUCGCCGACAUUAUUAGGAAAAAUCAACAACAAUCCGCAUUUUGUCAUGUCCAUCGCUAUAACCAUGAAAAUUCAGAAUUUGAUGUUCAAGAAAUUUCAACACCUCACCAAUACCGCUCUGUUCCACUUUCCUAUAAGGUCAGGCUAAAUGAAUGGUGGUAUGAUUGUGGUCACUUCCAAGCUACUCGUCUCCCAUGUCAUCAUGUCAUUGCCGUUUGUGCAUAUUCUCAUAUCCCACUAACCCAAGUAAUCGAUCCAGUGUACAGUCUUAACAACAUUUACAAGGCAUAUGAAGUACAAUUUCACCCAAUCCAAAAUGAAGAUUAUUGGUCUGCGUAUACAGGUCCAAAUUUCAUGCCAGAUCCUAAAAUGCGACACAAGGCAUCUGGAAGACCAUCUACAAAUAGGAUUCAUAAUGAAAUGGAUCAAUCCACUCCAGAUAAGCCAAAAAAAUGCCCUUACUGUCGUAACGAAGGUCAUCAUAGGGAAAAUUUUUCAUUUCGUCAAUAG